AUGGCCGACGUUCCACAGAUCGUCAAAAUUGGGAUUUCAUUGAAGAUGCUUCCCAACAACACCGCGGUGUACUUCAAAUCCGACGGCGCCCGUUUCGGACAGACCCGGACCAUCAAGCUGCUGACCGGGUCCAAAUACAAAAUCGAUGUGGUGGUUAAACCAGGAGCGGUCGAGGCCACGGUGAUGAGUGUCGGUGGGGUGACCUUCCCCCUGGAGCAGCAGUCUAAAGACCCACAGUCAGUGGUCUAUACGGGCCAGUAUAACACAGAGGGGGUGGCACACACCAAGAGUGGAGAGAGGCAACCAGUUCAAAUCAGCAUACAGUUCACAGAGGCGGGAAUGUUCGAGACGGUGUGGCAGGUGAAGUACUACAACUACAACAAGAGGGAUCACUGCCAGUGGGGAAACAGCUUCAACAGCAUUGAGUAUGAAUGCAAACCCAACGACACGCGCACACUCAUGUGGGUCAACAAGGAGAUGUUUGUCUGA